CAUGCGCAGCGCGGAGGGCCUUAGAAACACCCAGCACUGAGACAGGAGUGAGUGAAACAGUCUAUACUGCACGGAAGCCACUGGAGAUGACUGCUGCUAACCUCCAACAGAAUGCAGGCCAAAGGCACAUCAGCGCCAAAGAGGAGAGAAAGCUACGGAAACCCCUCAUUGAGAGAAAGAGAAGGGAAAGAAUAAAUCACUGUCUAGAUCAGCUGAGAGAGACAGUAGUUGGUGCUUUUAGGCUUGAUCAGUCUAAGUUAGAGAAGGCUGAUAUUCUUGAGAUGACGGUGAAACAUCUGCAGAACAUCCAGAGCAAUAGAGAUUCUGACCCUGCCUUGGAUGCAGAGGCCCAACAGAAGUACAGUACUGGGUAUAUCCAGUGCAUGCAGGAAGUUCACAACCUGCUACUUUCCUGCGACUGGAUGGAUAAAACCCUGGGGUCCCGCCUGCUCAACCACUUGCUCAAAUCUCUACCUCGAUCAGCUAAGGACUGCCCUCAGCUCCCCAAGAACUCCCUGACAAGUGUUUCUUCCAAGCAUAGUGAUGAGUUAAAGAGUCCAAAAACCUGCCCUCCUUCUCCUGUCUUGUACGAGAGAGCCGCCCAGUCUCAGAAUCAGUGUUCUACUCCUGUGAGAAUGCCACAUGAUCUCUCAGUUCUAGAGAUGUGGAGGCCCUGGUGAAAUACCUUUCAUUUUAACAGUGGUGUUUGCAUAUAUAUAUAUAUGUUUAGGUAGUGCACAUGACUUACUUGGACAAUUGUAUAUACCGCUUUGUACAUAUGUCGACCAAGAAUGUAUAUGUGUGAUGUAUGCUGCCAGUCUAUGUGUUCACACACAGUGCAGUGCUGUAUACAGACAGUAUUUGCUGACUGUGGUAGACCCUCCUCUAAUAUGUAUCUUAUAGAUAUGUUUCACUGCACGCAUGUGUGUGAGGUGGAUCUAGUCCAGAAUAGCUCCCAUUUCAGACCCUCUCUACUUCCUCUCUGAAGUAAAGCUACUGUAGCCUGCAUUGUAGAAGGCCCCUAUUAAUAAUUUUUAUUUAUUUAAUUAACACUAUAUAUUUAAUAAAAGAAUUUUCAGUGUUAGAAUCCUUUUUAAAUUAAAUACAUUCUUUAUCUACUAAUACUGGGUAGCAUUUGAUUCACUUCUAUGUACAGUUUUUAACAAUUAUUAAUAAAGGAGUGGUUUGCAACAUAUACACAGUAAUUUCUUUUUUUAUAUUUACCUAUUCACAUACAAUUAUGUAAAUAUUUGACAUGACAUGUUUUGGGGAGACUGAUACAGUAUGUAAAUCAAUAUCAAACCAAUAAAAUAUUGCUGUGGGUUUGAUUUUUGUAUAUUGAGAUGUUGGAAUUGGAGAGUCCUCUUCUUCUGUUGUGCUGCCCAGCCUUAAAAUCACUGAUCUACUCAUUCCCUCUGAUAUAUGAAAAUAGUUUGAUUAUUAAUGACUCCAAUCACCAACACGGCACUUGUCAAAUCAACUAAACAACAGCAUCAUAAACGGACUGAUUAUAUAUAUUUUAUAUAGACCAUUAUUAACAUAUAGAGAGCCCCAUUCCAUAACAUCUACUUACCAAUGUGUAGAGCAAUGUCAUCCUCCUCUCCAUAUUGUCCUGUAUGCAUAGUUUGGAUUUAAUCGAUACUGUCAAAAGAUGAAAGUUUCUUUUCACUUGUUUGGAUUGAUUGGUUACCUAUGAUGUACUUCACAGAAGACAAACCAAUAACAAGUAAAUAUAUUUUCAUACAUUUAAUAUUAUCUCCUAAUCCUACACAUAACCUUAACCAUCACACAAACCUGUGCACAUCACUAGA